AAAAAAGCGUAAAAUUACAAAUGGGCCGAAAAUGGGCCUGAAGUGAAAUACAACUUUAAUGUUGGUAUUUUCUCUGGUUUCAGACACGAUUCGUAACCCUCUUUCUUGGUGUCUGCGUCAUUGAAACGCCAAUUCCGCCGUGCUAAUCUGAUCUCCUCCGUCGUCGGGAAAAAUGGCCACUGGUGGAGGGAAAGUCUCCUUCAAAGUCACUCUGACUUCGGAUCCUAAGCUUCCUUUCAAAGUUUUCAGCGUCCCAGAAGGAGCUCCGUUCACGGCGGUUCUGAAAUUCGCAGCAGAAGAGUUCAAGGUUCCUCCACAAACCAGCGCCAUCAUCACUAAUGAUGGGAUUGGGAUCAAUCCUCAACAGAGUGCAGGAAACGUUUUUCUGAAGCACGGAUCUGAACUCAGACUGAUCCCGCGUGAUAGAGUUGGAGCUGCGUUUGUGAUGGAUCCAUAAAUGUUGUAAGCAAUGAGUAAUACUCAGUUCCCAUACCUUCAAAAAAAUAAAAUAACAUAUUGAAAUGCUUAAAUGUACAACUUCUUUGAAUAAAUAUGUGUUGUUCACAUCCUUUUACGGAUUAAAUGAAUUGGAUUUGGUCAUGUUAUA